CUUUAUUUCUGAUCUUCACAACCGUGAUAACUUGGGUCUUGCUGUUGUUUUGGCGUUGUUAGGCCUCUAGAUUGUAUAACGUUAACAAAAUGGUUUGUGAAAAAUGUGAGAAGAAACUAGGACGAGUUAUUACUCCAGAUACCUGGAAAGAUGGUGCAAGAAAUACAACAGAAAGCGGUGGACGGAAACUUAAUGAAAAUAAAAUGCUGACAUCAAAAAAGGCCAGGUUUGAUCCAUAUGGAAAAUCUGGAUUUGCCACAUGCAGAAUAUGCAAAAGCUCUGUCCACCAGGCAGGAUCACACUACUGCCAGGGAUGUGCUUACAAAAAGGGGAUCUGUGCUAUGUGUGGGAAGAAGGUUCUUGACACCAAGAACUACAAACAGACCUCAGUGUGAUUGAAGUGUUGCUGGCAGAAAAUGUUUCACCUUGGAAUUGAGAAUUGAGGGAGGAAAGCAUAAAGGUGAUUGUGACUGUCUUCAACUCAAAACUCCCACAUGCAUUCAGUUUGUUAAAUUAGUGGAGCCAAGAGUGUUCACCAGUUUGUGGUGUUGUAUGUGUGAUAGUCCAGCACAGUGGUGCAGUAGUUAAUAGCUGUAUCAAUGCUGAUAUCCCUCCCUCUAUUGAUAACUUUAAAGCAAUAUAUGGGCUUGCACUGUUUGAGUAAAAUUAGAUGCCUUCCCCAAGUGAAAUGGUGGAGUUCUUGUUUUGUUUCCACCAUUUUGGAACAGACUGUAAAGAAUAAUGUAACAUCUACUGUAUUACUUCAAUUUAAAUGUAUUUCAUUUCAUUAAACAUAUUCUCUCAUUCUCUUUCUCUCUGAAGUAUACAUUCCCAUGUAGGAACUGCUUGACCAGUUAACAGUGAUUCUUCAUUACUAAGGUCUUGAUUUUUGCAGACAAGGCCAAGUCCAAUCUAAGGUCCCAAUACUGACAUUUAAAUACCAUCCAUUCCCUGAGGUGAUUUUUUUUUUCUUCAUUCAUAACUCAUGAUUUCCCUUCUAUUCUGAGGAACAUUAAGUAAUGCAAAUGAGUUAUGUGAGUUUGCAUAAUGUUUUAUUGUGGACUGUAUUAUGUCAGUAGUCAUAUUGACAACACAUUUUUUUUUUGUUGUUAUUGUCAACACUUCUAUGAGCAUGUAUGGUCUUCUGUGCAUGUCAUCGUUUUAUCAUUUUAAGCCUGUAAAUAUGUUUGAUUCUUUUGCCUAAAUAAAAUGGUAGAAUAACAAA